AUGUCUACAUACCUCAUCACGGGCUCCUCACGCGGCCUGGGCCUCGGCAUUGCCAGCCUGCUGGCUUCUAAAUCAGACGUCAGCAAAGUGUUCGCAACCGCUCGCAGUGAGUCUGAUGGUAUCAAGAAGCUGGUUGCAGAGAGCAACGGCAAAGUCGAGUUUGUACCUUUGGAAGUGACGUCCCAGGACUCAGCAAAGAAGGCUGCGGAGCAAGUGGAGAAAUCGCUAGCUGGCAAAGGCCUUGACGUCCUCAUCAACAAUGCCGGGCUCAUGCCCUUCACACUGGAUGGCAUUGAGAACAUGAACGAUCUCGAUGAUACAUUCAAGAUCAACGUCACCGGCGUUCACUACGUCACUGCCGCCUUGCUGCCACUGCUGAAGAAAGGAAGCUUGAAGAAGGUUAUCAACAUAUCGACGACAUUGGGCUCCAUCGCAACGGCAGCUAAAUUCAGCAUCUUCCCCGUGCCUGCGUACAAGGUUGCCAAGGCAGCUCUGAAUAUGCUCACUGUUCAAUACAGUCUGGCCUUCGCCGGCGAUGGGUUCACCUUUGUUGCCGUAUCUCCAGGUUGGGUCCAGACUGACCUUGGGGGCCCAACAGCUGAUUUGACCGUCGAACAAGGGUCGAAGGCUGUCUGUGACAUCGUCUUUCGCGUUACAAGCGAAGACACUGGAAAGUUCUUGGAUGUCCAUGUGCCUGGCUGGGAGAAGGCUGAGGGUCUCAACCAGUAUGCUGGCGAAGACCCACCAUGGUAG